UCGCUUCAAUGACCUGUUUUUUAGUCCUACUUCUUUCACUCCGUAGGAGUGUAGUCUGCCUUCUGCUCUCUCUCUUCAUCUUCUCUCCGUGUCUUCUUUCUGAUCGGGAGUCUCUGUAGUAGUCCCAUUCUCUCUCUCUCUCUCUCUCUCUGUAGUUGUAGAUAAUGGCGGUAAAAGGAAAGGAGGUGAAGGGGAAGCAAGUAGCUGGAAAAGGGUCAUCGGGAAAGAGGAAACGUGAUGAUGCGGAGAAGUCUGCCGGACGGAAGAGGAAAAACCCCGGCGUCCUCCAAUUUUUCGACGUCGCCGCUGAUGUCGACGACGAAGAAGGCGACGAAGACGAAAGCGAAGACGAUUUGUUUGGCGAUGAUGAUGAUUUUUGGGAUAACCCUGACGCAGAGCUAAAGCACAAGAAUGAAGCUGGAAAAUCCCAUCACCUCCCUUUUAUUCCUAAAGAAGAGGAGCUGAGUGAUGAAGAGCUUGCCGAACUGUUGGAAGAACGUUAUAGGCCUGGUUCAAAGCAUGUCGUUUAUGCCAAAGGUGAUUAUGAGGCUAAAAGUUCUCUAGCUGGAAAUGGGCUUAUGCCUUCCGAUGAGGAUCCAACCAUUUGGAGAGUCAAGUGCAUGGUUGGACGUGAGCGGUAUUCAGUCUUCUGCCUUGUGCAAAAGUAUGUUGACUUGCAAUCUCUUGGAACCAAUCUGCAGACUAUUUCUGCUUUUGCUGUUGAGCAUGCAAAAGGUUAUAUUUUCAUUGAAGCUUAUAGGGAAUUUGAUGUAAUUGAGGCAUGCAAAGGGCUUUGUAGUAUUUAUUCUAGUAGAUUGACACCUGUACCAAGAAAUGAAGUUUCUCAUUUAUUCCAAACAAGAAGUAAGACCAAUGAAGUUUCUGUGGGCUCAUGGGCUCGCAUGAAAUAUGGGAUAUACAAAGGAGAUUUAACGCAGGUUGUGGCUGUCAAUGCUAAACGUAAAAGAGCAACAGUAAAGCUUAUCCCAAGAAUUGAUCUGCAAGCCAUCGCCAAAAAACUUAGUGGCGAAGGAACUGUCAAACGAACUUGUGUCCCAGCACCAAGACUGAUAAGUUCCAGCGAACUUGAGGACUUUGAGAAGCAUAUUCAAUAUCGACAUGAUCGUGAAUCUGGCUUGUAUUUCAAGACAAUUGAUGGUUUGAUGUUGAAAGAUGGUUAUUUGUUCAAAAGAGUAUCCAUCGAGUCGUUAUGCUGCUGGAAUGUGGUGCCUUCAGCUGAUGAGCUCCAGAGGUUUGAGGCUUCUAAGGAAGAUCAAUCUGAUGAUACAGAGUGGCUUUUGGGGCUCUAUGGUGAGGGAAGAAGAAAGUGUUCCGAGAAGAGUGACAACGGGAAAACCAAUGUAUCCAAAGGUACAUCAGGGAGUAUGCAUGGGAGUGGUUUUGAACUGCAUGAUCUUGUGUUUUUCAGUGAGAGUGAUGUGGGUAUUAUCAUUGGCAUGGAGGAGAGUGACAGAUUCCAGAUACUAAAAGAUAGCGAGGGGGGCAUAGAAACUGUGACUGUUGAGCUGGACGAGUUGAGAAGUGGAUUUGACGAUAGAAAGUUUACCCCUUUAGAUCAUAACAUGGAGAUCAUAUCCAUAAAUGAUGUUGUUAGUGUUUUAGAAGGUCCAUUUAAGGAUCGGCAGGGGAUUAUUAAACAAAUUUACAAAGGCACCCUCUUCAUCUAUGAUGAAAACCUAUUGGAGAGUAGUGGUUGCUUCUGUGCUAAGUCCCAAUUCUGUGAGAAAUUAAAGCGUUUGAAGCAUGAUGCUUCUCAGGAAAAUGUUGAUGAUGGACCAGGGCCCCCAGGCUUUCAGGAUUCCACGUCAUCUCCCAAAUCAACUCCAUCAUCUCCAAAAUCUUCUCCACCCAGAAAACCAUGGGUAGCAAGGGGCAACUCUCGUGAUUCCAACAACAAUUUCCAAGGAGAUAGAGAUGGAAUAUUCUCCAUUGGGCAAACUGUGAGAAUCAAAGUUGGUCCUUUAAAGGGUUACUUGUGCCGUGUUAUUGCCAUUUAUCGCUCUAAUGUAACUGUUAAGCUCGAUUGUCAACUGAAGAUUAUGUCAGUUAAAUGUGAGCAUCUUUCAGAGGUUCGUGCGAAGACUUGCGGAGAGUCUUUUAGCAGGGAUCCUGCUUCCAAUGCAGAAAAUGGAAAUCAAGGUUGGUCGACAGAUCUGAUGGACGGAAAGGGAACAUUUGGAGAAAGUAAGGGAUGGAAUUCUUCGGGAUUGUCUACUGGGAGGAAUUCUUGGUCUGAUUUAUCGGCCUCUGGAUUUUCGAAUGAUUCCCCUUUUACAAAUCCUUUCCAGUCUGAUCCUAAAAAAGGCGAAGGAGAUGAUGCUUGGGGAAGCAAGUUAGGUUCAGCCACUGGCAAUAAAACCACAGACAGCUGGGGAACAGCAAUUGGUUCUCGUGAAGAUCAGAAGUCGGCGUGGGACAACGUUGCCACUAACAACAAGGCCAUGGAUGCUGACAAUGAUAAGGUUGGCAAUUGGGGUGGGGGUGCAGACUGCUGGGAUAAACCUACAGCUGAAGGUGGCGUUGGUGGCAGUAAGUCCGAAGGCUGGGAAAAAGCAAAGGUUCCAACUGAAGGGAAGGCAGGCUGUUCAAGUAAUGCAAGUGACGGAUGGGACAAGGGCAAAGGUUGGAAUGCGAGUCAAUCUGAGAAAUGGGGUGGUAUGAAAGAAAAUCGUGAAGGUGAGCCAGUGGAUCAGAAAAAAUCGAAUGAUCUUUGGCAUAAAGGGGAAGUUGGGCGUGGAAAUCAUAGCAGCGGAUGGAAUUCUGAUGCUGUAAGGCAUGACAGACCAAAUUCUUGGGACAAGGGGAAGCAAAUUGAUAUAAAUGAUGGUUGGGCUCUGGAUUCUCAAGCUAAAUCAAACAGUGAUAAUGCAAAACAAGAAGACUCGUGGGGAAAAGCUGCGGAUACUUGGAAAGGGAAGGGUACAACAACUGGAAGCAGGACAGAUUGGAACAGUGCAACAACUGCAGGGAGUUGGGGUAAUGCAGCCGACUGUUCUACCGCAAAGGGAGAUCAAGGAAACAGCUGGAAUAAAGACAGAGGCUGGAGUGCUAGUCAAUCUGGGGAAAGAAGUAACGUUAAAGAAAACCAUGAAAUUGAGCCCAUGGGUUGGAAAAAAUCAGGUGAUCCAUGGGAUAAAGUGGAACAAGGGAAUGGAAAUCAUACGAGUGAUUGGAAUACUGAGAAUCUUAGUCAAAAUCAGCAAAAUUCUUGGCGCAAGGGAAAAAACAUAGAUGAAAGUGAAGGUGGUGGUGGACGGGCAUUGGACUGUGGUGGUAAAGAAAACACUGACAAAGUAAAUCUAGAUGAUCCUUGGGGCAAAGCUGCAGAUACAUGGAAAGCAAAGGAUGGUUCAAGUGGAAGUAAGACAGAUUGCUGGAACAGUGCAACAGCUUCUGGUGGUUGGAAUGCAAGCCAGUCUGAGAAUAGGGGUGGUACCAGUGGUGGAUGGAACGGGCCAAGGGCAUCUGGUACGGAUGAAACAUUGGCGUGGAGAAAAGGGGGUGCUACAGAAAAUGAAACAGAUGGAAGAAAAGAUCAAAAUGGCUGUUGGAGCAAACCAAAAAGUUUUGGCAGUGGUCGUGGAUUUGAUUGGAACAAAGAAAGGGUGGAAAAUAAGGAUGGAUGGGGAAAUAGAGGUCAAGAAGACAGCUGGGACAAACAAAAGACUUUUGAUGGUGGUCGGGGUUCUGGUGGGAGAAGAGGAAGAGGAGGAAACAGAGGAGGUAGAGGUAAUUUUAGCAGGGGUAGAUCUUAUGGUGGGAAUGAUGAAGGAAGCAAGUGGAAUACAUCAACAGGAUCUAGUGGGAGCCAGGCCGGAUGGAAUAAUGGAUUGAAUGGAAGUGACAGUGGAGGUGGUGAUGGUUGGAAUAAUACCAAUGUUUCCUCUGAAGAUCAGCAUACUGAUUGGAAAAGUGGAACAAGUGAUAUGGGGGGAAAUCAAGCAUCUGGUUGGGAAAAAGGUAGCAAUUGGAAUGUUCCCAAAGCGUCCAAUGAAAACCAAUCAUCUGGUUCGCAGGGAGGAGAAAGUGGUGCUGGAGGAAAUCAAUCUGGUUGGGACAAAAGCAGUUGGAGUACCCCCAAAGUUUCUGCUGAGAACCCGGCUGUGUGGAAUCAAGGAUUUGGUGCAAAAGAAGCAGAUGGGCAUAGAGAUCAAGGGCGUUCAUCAGGUCCUACUAGAGGAGGCUUUGAAUAUAGGGGCCGUGGAAGGAGCAACCAAUCUAGUGGCUGGGGCAGAGGACGGGGUUCUCGUGGGGAAUGUUCAUUUAAGGGGGAAGGUUGGGGUGGAGAUGGUUGGAAAAGUGAAACAAGUGAUAUGGGGGGAAAUCAAGCAUCUGGUUGGGAUGGAGGCAGCGAUCAGAAUAUUUCCAAAGCGUCCAAUGAUAUCCAGUCAUCUGGUUGGCAGAGAGGAGAAAGUGAUGCAGCAGGAAAUCAGUCUGGUUGGGAUAAAAGCAGUUGGAGUACCCCCAAAGACUCUGCUGGGAACCCAGCUGUGUGGAAUCAAGGAUUUGGUGCAAAAGAAGCAGAUGGGCAUAGAGAUCAAGGGCGUUCAUCUGGUCCCACUAGAGAAGGCUUUGAAUUUAGGGGCCGUGGAAGGAGCAACCAAUCUAGUGGCUGGGGCAGAGGAAGGGGUUCUGGUGAGGAAGGUUCAUUUAAGAGGGAAGGUUGGAGUGGAGAUGGUUGGAAUAAUAGCAAUGUUUCCUCUGAAGAUCAGCAUACUGGUUGGAAAAGUGGAACAAGUGAUAUAGGGGGAAAUCAAGCAUCUGGUUGGGAUAGAGGCAGCAAUCGGAAUAUUUCCAAGGCGUCCAAUGAAAACCAGUCAUCUGGUUGGCAGAGAGGGGAAAGUGAUGCAGGAGGAAUUCAGUCUGGUUGGGAUAAUAGCAGUUGGAGUACCCCCAAAGACUCUGCUGGGAACCCAGCUGUGUGGAAUCAAGGAUUUGGUGCGAGUGAAGCAGAUGGGCUUAGCGAUCAAAGGCGUACAUCAGGUACCACUAGAGGAGGCUUUGAAUAUAGGGGCCGUGGAAGGAGCAACCAUUCUAGUGGCUGGGGCAGAGGACGGGGUUCUGGUGAGGAAGGUUCAUUUAGGAGGAACAGUAAUACAAAUGAUAAUGAACGUGGAUGGGGUAGCAGUGGUCCUGCUGACAGUUGGAAUCAAGGAGAUGGCUUCGGAAAUAGAGGCCGUGGUCGAAGGGAUCAGUCUGGUGGCAGGCGGGGUAGAGGACGAGGUUUUGGUAGGGAAGGUUCAUUUAACUGGAAACAGAACAAUGGUGAUGGUCAAGGAGAUUGUGCCAGCAGUUGGAACCAAGGAAGUGAUGCUGGUAAGGAACAGUGGCAGGGUUGGAGUGCUGGACAUGGCGGUCAGAGUAGGGAUGGAGGUGGAUCUUCCGAGGCUGGUGGAGCAAGCUCCUUGGGAAAAGGAAAAGAUGAAAAUCCAUGGGGUAAUGCCUCUGGUUCUUGGGGAGCAAGCUCCUUGGGCAAUCGAAAAGAUGAAAAUCCAGGUGGUGAUGUGGUUGAUUCAUUGGGAGCCGGCUCUUUGGGCAAAGGAAAAGAUGAAAAUACAUGGGGAAAUACCGCUAGUUCUUGGGGAGCAAGCUCGUCUGGCAAAGGAAAAGACAAUCAAUGGGGUAAUGCUGCUGGUUCUUGGGGCAAGGGAGGCGAUGAUGGUGGUGCAAAGAGUGGGUGGUGAACACUUGGUAAAGUGCUUCUUGGGAAUUAUGAACAACAGGUUAUCUUUGCCUCAGGGUUUGUAAUCUUUGUUUCAUUUAAGAAGACUGAUGCUUCAGGACUAUAAGCAGCAGGUUCCAUGACCCUUCUUUUUGUGUAAUUAAGCUUUCUGCCUUUUUUGCUGUAAAUAUCACCUCACCCUUCUAGACGUGGAGGGGAUGGCCAUUUUGGGAUCAUCAUCCCCAUUUUGAUCGUUCCAAAUGUUUUAUUCUGGUUGUCUUUUCCUCUUAUCGCCCCCACUUGUUUAAUUUUCUAAUUGUACACUCUUAGGCUGUAUCUGUGAAUGGAAGGGCAAAACAUUCCUGGUGUA